GUUUGUUCUAAGUUACUACGAUGGAGUCAUUACUUGAUUUAAUUCAGUCUCUUGAAUCAGGAUUAACAGAUACAAAAAUUACAUCACAAAAAGAUUCUAUAGAAACUCUCAUCACAGGCAUAAAAAAUAUUUCACCUUCAAAUAUUACAUCCAAAGAGAUUGAUCACCUUGUUGGCUUUUUGUCGGAUCGUUUAUCACUUGCUGAUCCAACUAUUACAGAUUUGAUUCUUGAUGGAUUUAUAUGGUUAACAAAAUCUACAUGGUCUAAUGACUGUAGUAUGAUUAAUGCAACACAAGCUAAACAGAUUGUUCAGCAUGGAAUAUUUGGUCAUUUGACCAUACAGAAUUUAAUUAAAUCUGGACGGUUGAAAGUUUUCCAAUUGUUACAUUGUUUUUUAACUGGAUCCCAAUUAAGUGGUAUUCAGUCAAUGAAUUCUACAUUUAUUCAAAAUUAUUUAAUUGCUAUUGAUGAAGAAAAAGAUCCACAAAUUUUACAUCUGAUUUUUCAAAUGAAUAUCAUUCUUAUUAAAGAGUUUCCUUCAGUAAUGCAGUUUAAAGAUGAAUUAUUCGAUACAAUAUCAGUUUAUUUUCCGAUCGACUUUUCACCGCCUCCAGGUGGAGGUAUCUCUGGAAUUACGCGUGAUUUACUAGUGUCUAGCUUGCAUCAAUGUUUAUUUGCUAUGCGAAAUAUAAUUGGACAUAAUCUUAUGCCGCUUAUAUGCGAAAAAAUCGAAUCACAAUGGCCUAAUGGUCAGUUGGAUGCUUUAAGCUUACUCAGUGAUUGUUUACAUGGACAAAUUCAAUGUCCAAAUGUCGAUGAUACUACUAUCAAUACAAUAUUAUUCUCAGAUAAGAAUCCAAUCGAUAUACGACAUAUCUCUCCUUAUCUUGGUGUAAUUAUUCCUACAUUAAUCAAAAUUGCUGAUAAAUAUGAAAAUCGAAGAGAUAAAAAUAAUUUAUACCCAAUUGCAUUAUCUUGUAUCACAGGUCUUGUUCAUGCUUAUUCUCUACAGAUUACUUAUUUUCAAAAUCAGUAG